UGUUGAUCUGAACCUAUUUGGAGUUCUACUGAAAUGAAGUUGAGUUACGUGAGUUUGAUAACCUUUGGCACACAUCGCGGUCUGAACAAGCAUUCUAACCUAACCGUCUCAAGAUGAAGUGUCACAGUAAGGGUCUGUUCUCGGCCGUCGCGGCGGCAGUCGGGUAUACCGUGGCGGCGUUACUGUCCCGGCGGGUCGCGGAGGCAGGAGUCCCCGCCGUGCAGCUCGUCGCAGUGAACGAAAUCUCGACGACUGUGGCGUUCGUCCCGCUGGCUCUCAUUUUCUGCUACAGAGAUGGUAGCUGUGCACAUGACGGUCCCUGGCACAUGUACAGCUGGCAAACUUUGGCCCAGCUGUUGUCAUGUGGGCUGAUCCGGGUUCUGUGUACGAGCUCUGUGCUCGUCUCCGCUCUGCUCAUCCCACCAGGUAACACCUUCGCCAUUGGUCGUGGAGCCAUAAGCCCGAUCGUGACGUCACUGGUCGCCUGGCGACUCAUAAAGGAACCGCCCGGCCGCGUCGUGCUGGUGGGCGUGGUCAUCAGGAUCGCUGCCAUUGGUCUAAUCGUUGCCGGCGGCGUCCCUGGAGAUAGGAACAACGACAACGACAAAAGCGUGCUCUUCAAUCCUGUGAACAUCACACAGACAAAUGGCCACUCCCUCAUAUUUUCACAAUUAAACAACGCGACGUCGAAUUCCCAGUCUAACACAACCUUCCCUGUCUACUACGAUGCCUACAAUAAUUCGACAAACACAACAGCUAUGACUCCAGCAAGUCAAGAAACAUCCUACCUCGUUGGGAACGUCCUAGCCUUCGUAGGACCGAUUGGAUUUUGCUUUGUCAACGUCAUGUACAGGUCUUUGUUACAGAGGCUGCCCCGACCAACCUGUUUAGCGUUUACAGAAGGGAUAGGGUCUGUAUUUCUUGUACCUAUCAUGUACGCCUUGGUCACUCCAAAGUGGGAACUGGAGUACAACAUAGCACUGUACCUUGCAGGACAAGGGUUAGUAUAUGUGUCGUCAGCUUACUGCUUGUGUAUAAGCUUACUUGAGGAGAAGGCCAUAGUGGUCGAGAUGUUACAAGGAGUGACUAUUGCUCUGGCCUUUCUGCUACAGUACCUGAUCUUUGACAUCAAGCCUUCAGUACUGGAGCUUAUAGGGGCGUGCAUGAUUGUAUUUACCAUCGUAUUAGUGUCAGUGGUGACGUGGAGGAAGGCAAUGAGAAAAGAAAGACUAAAAAAAGAACUUAAGUUUGACAGUUUAGAAGAGAAUAGUGAAGUCCAAGAGGAUGCUGCAAAACAAAUGUUGAACGGGAAGGAUGUGGUUUCUCGCCAUAGUAGUGUAGAAAGAGAGACAUAUGUGUAAUGCCACAUUGGUGUAGAUUUGUAUAAGCACGAUAUUUCAUUACUUUUCAGUAGGUGGUGGGUAUUGGUGUGUACGUAGUCCUUUGUAAAAGAAAGUACAUGAACGAACGAAUUAUAUACCUUUAAUCAUAUACCUAUAGGGACCUCAUUUUCUUUUAUCCCAAGCAUAUAUCCAUAACUACAAAUGUAUGUGUACUUGGGACUUCAAACAGUAAAUAAACAAUAAAUAUGAAAAAUGCCGAUGGUCACUCGUAAUUAAUGGAUAAACACUAAAUUACUGUUAGAUAAUAUUUGACAAUUAAGCAUGUGAUUUGCAUAA